AAGGAAUGCCGGCACAAAUGUAAAGUGGAGACUGCUUCUGAUGCGAGCGCACAGUAUUUGACUACCUGCAUCGUCCUCGGCACGAAGCUCAGACACAGACGCCCUCUAUAUAUUGCACCUUUUCUCCAGUUAUGUUUGUUGACCGUCGACGCCUUCUUCCCGUCUUCAACGUCUUCUCGGGCGGUUUCUUGGUUCCUGGUCAUCGCCCUCCUCACUGCGCUCACCAUGUCUGAGGAAAAGUCCAUCGAGCGCAAGGACUCAGUCUACGAGUACUCCAAGGAGGUCCAGCAUAUCGAUAAUGUCAGGAACAUCAACGCGAAGCUCGCCAAUCCGUUGUCGGGAAUCCCUCAUGACAAACUGAUGGCCAAUGCUGCCCAGUUCGCAGAGGAUCACGGUCUCGGUCAUCUCAAGGAGGAGUUCAAGAAAGGUGCUCUUGUCGCACAAGACCCUACUGCAUUUGAAUCCCUUCCUAUGCUCGAUGAUGCCGAUCGCAACGUCCUACGACGCGAGUUGACCCAUCGCUGGGACCAACCAUGGGAAUUGUACUACCUUGUGAUCCUAUGUUCACUAGCUGCUGCCGUCCAGGGUCUUGGCUAUCUCGUGUAGAUGGAUGAAUCUGUCAUCAAUGGUGCUAAUCUCUUCUUUGCUCCACAAUUUGGCCUCGACCAGAAAGCAACAGAUGGCUCCGCUGGUCGUAAUCAGUGGCUGCUUGGUCUCGUGAACUCUGCUCCCUACCUUUGCUGCGGUGUCGUCGCCUGUUGGCUGACCGCUCCCCUCAAUGCCUACCUUGGUCGUAGGGGUACCAUCUUCGUCACUGCUUUCGUUUCUUUCGCGAGUUGUAUCUGGCAGGGUGUCACAAACUCAUGGCAACAUCUCUUCGUCGCUCGGUUUGUCCUCGGGUUUGGCAUUGGCCCCAAAUCGGCGACUGUUCCUGUAUACGCUGCUGAGUGUGCACCUCCGGUCAUCCGUGGCGCCCUGGUUAUGAUGUGGCAAAUGUGGACUGCAUUCGGUAUUAUGAUCGGAAACGUCAUGGACUUAGCAUUUUACCAUGUUCCCGAUAAGCCUCAUAUUCAUGGGCUUAAUUGGCGUCUUAUGUUGGGCUCUGCUGGUGUUCCUGCUCUCAUCAUCAUGAGUCAGGUCUUCUUCUGCCCAGAAUCGCCGCGUUGGUUGAUGUCCAAGGGUCGUUACGACAAGGCAUACGAGUCUCUUCUUCGCCUUCGUCAUGCACCCAUCCAGGCUGCCCGUGACUUGUAUUACAUUCACACCCUCCUCGAGACUGAGAAGGAAAUCACCACCGGCCGCAACCGCUUCCUCGAACUAUUCACCGUCCCUCGAAACCGUCGCGCGGCUUUGGCCUCAACCAUCGUCAUGUUCCUGCAACAGUUCUGCGGUGUCAACGUUAUCGCAUACUAUUCAUCCAACAUCUUUGCCGAAGCCAAUUUCACUGAGAUCCAGGCGCUUCUUGCCUCUUGGGGUUUCGGUAUGGUCAACUGGCUGUUUGCAUUCCCUGCGGUGUACACCAUUGAUACAUUCGGACGUCGUAAUUUGCUGUUGACGACGUUCCCUUUGAUGGCUAUCUUUUUGCUCAUGACUGGCUUCGCGUUUUGGAUACCGGAAGGUAAAGCCAGGUUGGCAGUGGUCGCUUUGGGCAUCUAUCUGUUCGGAAUGGCGUAUUCGCCUGGUGAGGGUCCCGUGCCGUUCACCUAUUCAGCUGAGGCAUACCCACUCUACGUUCGUGAUAUCGGCAUGUCGCUCUCGACUGCAGUCCUUUGGUUCUUCAACUUCGUGGUCGCAAUCACCUUCCCAAGACUAUUAGGCGCGUUCCAGCCUCAAGGUGCCUUUGGUUGGUACGCAGGCUGGAACAUCGUCGGCUUCUUCCUCAUCCUGCUCUUCCUUCCCGAGACCAAAGCCCUAUCACUCGAAGAACUUGAUCAAGUGUUCUCUGUACCCACUCGUACCCAUGCGGCAUACCAAUUGAAGGCAUUACCUCGGAACAUCAAGAAGUAUAUCUUCAGGAUGAAGGUGAAGGACAUGCCACCUUUGUACGAGCAUGAAGGUGCUAUUGGAGAGAAGACUUAUGCGCCUCCUGGAGCAGGUCAUUGAUCUGUUCUUUCAACUUGUCUCUGCUGAUACCCCUCGAGCGAGACUUUCUUCGCACCGCUUUGUGCUCUUUUUUACGAAAACUAGAAUGACUUUCCACUUUCGUUUUGGACGUAGAGGUCAUUUCUUAUCACGACGUUUCAUUCGACUAUAUGACCCUUUGUCGGUAAUGUUGUUUUCUAGGAUACGCACUUCCUGUGAUGUACGCGUUGUGCUGUAUUGCUGGGCGCGUAUGGUGUUAUGUUUUCACGAUGUAUUCUGUCUAACGACCCUUCUUGCUUUGUUGUGCUCUCUAAUGUGUCUGUAUUGUACUAAUACGAUCUCUUUCCUGACUGCUUCUUGUGCUCAGUAUACGGGCGCACGAUGCGUUGAAUCGAUUUAUGACUUAUGGAAUGU